ACGCAUCGACUAUUUGCAGUGUGUCCCUACAGAUGGCAGCACAGCGCGCAGCAGAUUGAGCCGUGCGCGUGGGCAUCGGUGACAGCGUCAUUCGUGCCCACACUCUCUGGGCGCUAACACGACGCGCCUAAGUUCGAAACGAGUUCCGAAGGAGUGCCGGACAGGGAUGGUCGAGUAAACAGUGUUUCGUCGUAUUCAAACAGCGCGCCGUGCACCUCCGUCGGCCGCAUCGCAGGACCGCAAUAGUCUCCCAGUGCCACCAAGAGACAGUGAGGGCUUGGCCGUAGCAAGCACAGGAGACGCAGCUCGCCCAGCGAACACAUAAGGUCCGCCAUCUUCCUCUUUCCCGUCGCCGACGUUUACUUCAAGGAACGCAAAAAUGGGUCGCAGUGGAUACACAUGCGUGCGGCACGUGUUCUGCACGCUGAAUGUCAUCAUGUGGCUGUCGGGGUGCGGACUGUUGGGCGUGGGCAUCUGGCUGCGGCUGGCGUACGAGGGCUACACGACGCUGCUGCCGCAGUACGCGGCCGUCAGCGCAGACAGCAUGCUCAUCGCCGCAGGUGUCAUCGUCUUCGUCAUCGCCUUCUUCGGCUGCUGCGGUGCCUGGUUCCAGAGUCGCUGCAUGCUCAUCACGUACUUCAGCCUGGUGAUCUUCAUGUUUGUGGUGGAGUUUGUGUUUGCGACACUCGCUUUUGUGUUCCGGGAACAUCUCAGCCACAGUCUGAGGCAGGAAUUACUUAUUGGAAUCCGCGACCAUUACAAUAGCACACCACCAAACAGCCUGGAGAAGAUAUGGGACCACAUUCACAAUGAGUUCCAUUGCUGUGGUGUGACAAGUUAUGAAGACUGGUUUGACAUUGGUGCAUGGAGGGGUGAGAAAUUUGUUCCUGACUCUUGCUGCCUGCCCCAAGUGAAUAUCACUGACUGUGGACGGAAUGGAACAGCAGAUUUCUGGUAUGACAAAGGAUGUGCAGAGCAGGUGCAAAUGUGGUUCGUAGAAAGACUACAUCUUGUUGGAGUUAUUGGACUGGUGGUUGCAUUCUUCCAGUUAUUUGGUCUGAUUUCAUCAAUGCUCCUUUUCUGCACUGUGCGGCAUAAGAGGUCUACUCAUGCCUACAAAGCAUAUCAUCCAAAUUCAUAGCAUGUGAAGCAGCCAACAUCAUGUUUCUGAAAUGUAUCUGUGAGGUGACAUUGUGGGAUAAGAAACUGAAUUGCAGAGUAUACAGAAACGUUCUGUAAAUGUGAUGUGAAGAGUGGUGAAUUUCCAAUAGAUAUGAGAUAAUCAUGGAAGUAAUUAUUGUAUGAUUACAAAUGAUAUUUUUAUUUUUAAGAAAAAACCUUGAUGCAACAGAUUUUUUAAAGUUAGAGAACAACUGUGAAACACUAUGCAUAAAGCCACUCUAUGUUCUUGAGUGCGAGCAUAUUGUUUGACAUUAUACCAGUGUCUAUGUUAGCGUAUUUUCAGUGCACCAAAAGCUAUAUUUCUUCCAAGGAUGCAAAAUGUGUAUUAAUUUCCAAUAUGAGCUAGUACACACACACACACACACACACACACACACACACA